GGAGGACGGGUUGCUCUGAGUCUUCACGGCUCGGGAGGCUUCUUGAGAUAAACCGGCAGGACUUUUGUCGGAAUACAUUUGCUGGGUGAUGGCGGAUAUCUUAAGCAGAGAUAGUUAACGAAUAUCUUCGUUCUAAGAACUUAUUCAAGAUGGACUUCGGGUAUUUGUUAGAUCUAGCCAAGCAAAAUGAAGACCAUUCCAAGAUCUUGGCUAAGGAAAAACGCUUCUCAACCGAGCUGUCGAAGGCCAAAAAGUUGGAAAGAUCACGGGUCAAGACCGGAAAUAUUCAGAGAUUUCUGGCCCAAAGAGAUGCAGAGGAGAAGAAAAAACAGCAAGAGGCAAAAGAUAAGAAGGAGACGCUGCUGAAUCUGAGGGACCAGCAGAAGGGCUCGAAGCGGCGCGUCAGUGCUAUGCUGAACCGAAACAAGGCGGCUAAUCGCUCGGUGCUGGAGGACGCCAAGGACAAGUACAACACGGCCGCCACCAUCGACGGUGCUUAUCAGCCGGACGAGGACGACUACGGCUACGAGUCGAAGACGGCCUCGGAUAUGUACAGCAAGCUGUUGCGCCAGUACGAGAAAAUCCCUGACAAAAACUAUUUGAAGAGGGGCAAGGCCAAGUCGAGCGGGCGCAGUCUGGACCUGGCUGCUACCAAGGCUCGCGUCAAGCAGUCACUGGACCACCAGGAGGAGGAGGAGCGCAACAUGAAGGGUCACCGGCGGCGGCGCAAGCACGCCGAGUCGACGGGGGCCGAGGCGUCGACGCGCUCUUCCUUGCCACCGCCCGGCUCGCCCGGCGCCGACCAGCCGCCGUCCAAGAAGAAGAAGCCGACGGUCGUGCGGCGCGGUGGCCUGCCGCCGCCGCCGGGGCUCGACUUCCACGCCAUCCUGGCGCUGGCGGCCGAGAAGCAGCACCAGCCGAUCAUGGUGCCGGAGCGGCCGAGCCCUGCCGACACCGAUGAGCGGCCGCUCACGGCGAAGGAGAAAGCCGAGAUCGAGCAAAAGACGUGA